CAUACACGAAGUAAUCUGUUCCAAUUUUUUCAGGGGGGAAGGGGUAAUAUUAACAAACCCAGCAGUUUGAAAAAAUGAGGCAACUAUAUUCAUGAUCACUUGUUGGCUGAAAGUGUUACACUGCUAGGCUUGACAGCCUAAAGGUCAUAAGACCGUCAAUCAUGUUAAUAAUGGCAAAGACAGAGCAGUUUAUUUAUUGUGUAAGAAAAGUUACAUAAAGGAUGACAACAGGAAUGUGGACAUGGCUUUGUUCCCUCUCCUGCAAGAUACUCAUUUAAUAUUAAUAAGCAUUUCAACAUUAAUCUUUUUUUAACUAGUUGACUUUAAUUAUCAGUCUAUUAUUUGUAAUGGUGUACACACUGUGUAGCAUAAGAAGUCAACUUGCCUAUCUGGAAACAAUGCUCAUUGAUUUUCAUAAUGAAGUUUCAGUCUUGCAGUCAGUGAAUUCAUUAAUAUGUACAUAAUUAGAUCAAACACUGAUUAUUGCAUCUCUCACUGUAUCAACUGCCACUUCACAAUAUACCUGUUAAAUGAUAUGUUACCAACCCAAAGCAGCCGGGUAUUAAAGAUUAGGUCUUAUCAUCUACAGUGCAUUUGCCUUGAACUUUGAACUUUAUCUCCACAACAGUGUAAUGAAGACUAAUUUGAAAAGCUCAGUAAGUUGGUGAUUACAAGCAGGUAUCCUUUGCUGUAUAAGGAUUCUCCACUGUGAUAGUCAACAUGGCUGGUAAACGGAUUGCUGUUGUUACUGGGGCCAAUAAAGGAAUUGGUUUUGGCAUCAUGAAGGAGUUAUGUGCAAAAUUCAACGGCCUUGUCUGCCUGACCUCCAGAGAUGAAAGUCGAGGAUUUGCUGCUAUCAAGAAUUUGAGUGAGUUGGGACUUCAAGCUCAAUACCAUCAGCUGGACAUUGAUAACAUUGGAAGUAUCAAGAAAUUUGCAGAUUAUAUGAAGACAAAAUAUGGAGGUUUUGAUGUCCUUGUUAAUAAUGCUGGUAUAUUAUAUAAGAGAGAUGCAACUGAACCAUUUGGGGAGCAAGCUGAAAACACCAUUCGUGUUAAUUUCACUGGAACAUUGAAUGUCUGCCAGGGAUUGUUUCCACUUCUUCGUCCUGGAGCUAGAGUUGUCAAUGUUUCAAGUGCAUCUGGACAUUUGCUAAAUAUAAAUGGAAGUGAACCAGCAGCGUCAGCUUUAAGGGAGAAAUUUGCAUCACCAAUACUUACAGAAGACGAGAUAGUUUCUCUAGUGAAUCAGUUUGUUAAAGAUGCAGAGGCAGGAGAUUGGAAUGCUAAAGGAUGGCCUAGCAGUGCCUACGCUGUUAGUAAAGUAGCUGUGUCAGCACUUACACGAGUACAGCAAAGGGCUUUUGAUGCAGACCCCCGGAAGGACAUUGUAGUUAAUAGCUGUCAUCCAGGAUAUGUUGAUACUGAUAUGACAGCUCACAAGGGUCCACUGACAAUUGAGCAAGGUGCUGUUAGUCCUUCAUACUUGGCCUUGUUGCCUCCUGACACUGAUCUUCGUGGUGUUUACAUAUGGCAUGACAAGCAAGUGGUAGACUGGGUGAAUGGCCCAACACCUUCUCUUUACUGAUCUUCAAAAAGUAAGGGAGAUCAGAUUCCCAUCCAGUUAAUGGAUUAUGAUUAUUGUAAUCCUUACAUGCUAUUUACUUAAGGAACUAAUGUUCUGUAAUGAGAAAGGUAUUAAAUUUUUUGCACUGAAGUCUUUUAGGGGACACAAAGCCAAUUAAAGACGUUUAUGAAAAGCCAUGUUAUGUAAGUACGUAGGUUAAAUGAUUAAAAUAUGACCUUAUCAUUGUAUUUGAAAACUAUUUUUUUAUGUAAGUUCUUACAACAGAUGAAUUUGGAUAGAAUCGGAUAGAUUGAAAAUGAGGAUUUAAAAAAAAAAUUUUAACAAAAUUCCCUUUAAGGACUGGUACCAGUAUUUAUACUACUUAGAUGAAAGUAUAUUUGCUUGAGAUAUAUUGUACAAUAUAAGUGUUGCUCUGCAUUUUCUGCCUUCAAGAAUUAGGUUGUGUGGAUUACGCAUCAAAUACCAAAGUUAGAAGGGUGUGACCAGUUCAAAGUCCAGAUAACAUUACUUCAUUGUGUUCUUUUCUGAAUCAGCAGCAGAAUCCAACGGUUAGUUUAAUCUUUUAAUGUCAGAUUUGUUAUUCCAUGGUGGUUGCCAGUCACUGUAGAUGGUGGAUUUUAGCGAAUAGUACUGUAUUUCCCAGCAGCAGCAUUUUUUUUUUUCUAAUGGCCUGUCCACACUAGUGGUUUAGAUUUUCUUUUGCUUCUGAACCAGCGUUACCUGGCAAUUGGAUCGUUCUGGCAACACACACUGACCGUCUGUAUAUUGUUUGUACGGUGUUUUUACGUUGCAUGGAACCGGUGAUUAUUCAACAACGGGACCAACGGCUUUACACGACUUCCGAUCCACGUCGAGAGUGAACUUCUAUCACCAGAAAUACACAUCUCUCACUCCUCAAUGGAAUGGCUGAGAAUCGAACCUGCGACCACCGAGGUGAGAAGCAAACACCAAACCAACCAUGCCACUGAGGCGCUCAUCCAUCUGUAUAGUGGAACGGGUUACAGGAACAGUGCUUGCCCAUCGGGCAGUUCCUCACUAGUUUGGACAGGGCGCAAGAAGUUUCUUUUGUGUCUAAAGGCCCAUCUACACGGGUAAGCUUUACUCGAUGACGUCAGAAGCACAGUUACAGCGGGAAAAGUGCUUACGUCACAUCGAACACAGUUCUGCUAGACUGUGGACAGAGGCCAAGUCACAUUUUUCCAGUCUAGCCUAAUCAAGAGGUCUUUGCUUUACAGUACUAAUCAGAAUGGCUGUAAAUGACCUCUGAAUGAAGCUUAAUUAGUUUAUUAUUACAAAAGUAAUAAAGUUAAAAUGCAACAUAUAUCUAUAGAUAUACAGGCAGUCCCCGUGUUACAACGGGGGUUCCGUUCUUAAGACGCGUCGUAACCCGAAAAUCGUCGUAAGCCGGAACGAUGUUCUUGAAAACAUGUCCACAGGGAAAAUUUCACUUUUUUGCAAUUUUUCUUAGGGCCGUAUCUCUAAAAUUAUCACUAAUUUACUUUUUUCAUGUGCAACACUGUGUAUUCACAAAUUACUGUAUACUAUUUACAUUAAAAUACAAGAGAGAGAGAGAGAGAAAUAAUUCCUUACGGUUUCAAUAGAUUGAAAUGAACGUCUGUAGGCAACUUUUUCCCCCUCCCAUAAAUAAAAGGGAUUUUGACGUA